UACUUUUGCCAUGGUAAUUGUGUUCUAAUUUAGUACUUGAAAACACGUUUGUGGACCAAUGCCUAUAAAAUGGUUAAGUAAAUUGGCAGCAGCAUCAGUUACUGAGAAACCAACAAGCUCAAACAAUCAAAUCAACAUGAAGUUCCUUAUCUGCUUGGCUUUCUGCAUUGCCGCCGCCCAGGCUGGUUAUAUCGCUUCUCCAGUGGCGACUUAUGCUGCAGCUCCGGCUUAUGCCACCGCCUACUCCGCUGCUGCUCCUUUGGCCUACACCGCUCCUGUGGCCACCUAUGCCGCUCCUGCCUACUCCUCCUACUCCGCUCCGGUGUACAGAGCUCCGGUCUAUACCGCUCCGGUGGCCACCUAUGCCGCAGGUCCCGCUUUCGCCGCCCCCAUCACCACCUACGCUGCUCCAGCCGUGGUCAGCUCAUUCCUGAAGAAGAAAUAAGCCGGACUUGUCUGCAUUGCAAAUUGAUCCGACCAAAUGAUAUGAUAAAAAAUGUUUCCUUUAAAUAAAAUAUAAAAACAA